AUGCCUAUCAAGUCGGACUUUCCGGACAUCGACCUCCAGGUCACUGACGUCUGGUCGCUUUUGUUCAAAAGAAAAGACCGAGAGUUCCCUGAUGAUCAUGUCAUAUUCCAAUCUGCCGACUCCCUCUCCAGACAAUACACCUAUGCCUCGCUGCGACAAUCUAGCAUCGACUUUGGCAAGGGCCUCAAAUCCAACUUCAACUUCCGCAAGUCCGACGUCCUGGGUCUCUUCGUGCCCAACGACAUCGAUGUCCCGCCCGUCGUCUUGGGAACCCUCUGGGCGGGUGGCAUCGUCUCCCCCGCGAACCCGGGCUACACGGUCGCCGAACUGGUCUACCAACUGAAAGACUCGGGCGCAAAGGUCCUGUGCACGCACGUGUCCGUGCUUGAUACGGCGCGUAAGGCAGCUCGCGAGGCUGGCAUCCCAGAGAGCCACAUCAUCUUGCUCGGCGAGCAGAGCGAUCCCUCUCGAAAGUUGAAGCACUGGACGCUCGUCCGCAACCUGGAGGGCACGGCGCGGUACCGCACCCCCAAACUGGACCCGAAAUCCGACCUCGCCUUCCUGGUGUACUCGUCCGGCACGACGGGUCGGCCCAAGGGUGUGCGACUGACGCAUUUCAACAUGACCAGCAACAUCGAACAGAUCCACCGGGCCGAGGGGUGGCUGACGUGGAAUGGAUCCAAAACGCCCCCGGGCAGCGACAUUCCGCUCCCGCCCAAGGGCCAGGGCGACAAGAUCCUGGCGUGUCUACCGUUUUUCCACAUCUACGGGCUCAACUGUCUGGUAUUGUCACCCAUCUUCAGCGGCGUCCACACGCUGGUCAUGGCGCGGUUCGAUCUGGAAAAAUGGUGCGCGCUGGUGCAGGACCACAAGGUGACAUUCAGCUACAUCGUGCCGCCGAUCGUGCUGCUCCUGUGCAAGAGCCCCGUGGUGGAAAAGUACGACCUCUCGUCGCUGCGCAUGACCAACUCGGGCGCGGCGCCGCUGACGCGCGAGCUCGUCGAGAACCUCUACAAGCGCAAAGGCGUGCGCGUCAAGCAGGGGUACGGUCUCAGCGAGACGUCCCCCACCAUCUUCGUCCAGCGCUGGGAGGACUGGUGGUCCGCCGUCGGCACCACGGGCGUCAUGGUGCCGAACCUCGAGGCCAAGUUCUGCGCCGUGCCCGGCUCCGGCGAGGAAUCUGACGGCUCCAAGGAACUGCCGCGAGGAAAAGUCGGCGAGCUGUACGUCAAGGGGCCCAACAUCUUUGGCGGAUACCACAAUAACCCCAACGCCACGGCCGAGUGUCUCGAGGACGGAUGGUUUCGGACCGGCGACGUGGGUUUCUUGGAUGAGAGGGGGAACUUGACCAUCACGGACCGCGUCAAGGAGUUGAUCAAAUAUAAAGUCCCCCCCGCCGAACUCGAGGGGUACCUCGCAUCCCACCCACUCAUCGACGACGUGGCCGUCGUGGGCGUCGACUCGCAGAUCCUCGGCACCGAAGUUCCCCGCGCGUACAUUGUCCCCAAGGACCGGAGUCUCGUUUCUUCUUCUUCGUCCUCGUCACAAAAAGCAGCCGCCGCAGCCGCAGAGAUUACAUCGUGGAUGAACGCCAAAGUGGCCAACCACAAGAAACUGCGCGGCGGGGUCAAGUUCGUCGAAGCCGUGCCCAAGAGCGUCAGCGGGAAGAUUUUGCGGAGGGUCUUGAAGGAGCGGGCGAAGAAGGAGUUCCAGGAGGAGGAGGAGGAGCAGGAAGAGAGGAAGAAGGUAAGGGCGAAGUUGUGA